UCUCUCCCUCCACAGAUGCUGCCCGACCUGCCGAGUGUUCCCAGCGUCUACACUGCAAUUUUCUUAAAUCGUGUCCAGCAUAUUUUCAUAAACAAUCGAGUUUUGUCGUUGCUCCUGUGGGAGUUGCUCACUUGUGCCACCUCUGUGUGUGCAGAUGUUGGAGAACCUCUCGCCUCAACAGCCCGGCUGUGGUUUGCCCCCAUGUCCUGCACCUCAUCCACCCCCAGCUGGUGGAAAAGAAGCAUGUCUGCCAACCUGGAACGCACUUUCAUUGCCGUGAAGCCAGAUGGCGUCCAGCGAGGACUUGUUGGGGACAUCAUCAAACGCUUUGAACAGAAAGGAUUUAAACUGGUCGCCAUGAAAUUCCUGCAGGCUUCUUCCGCCCUACUGGAGAAACACUACUGCGAGCUUUCGGAUAAGCCUUUCUACCCCAAACUGAUCCAGUACAUGAGCUCUGGACCUGUUGUUGCCAUGGUGUGGGAGGGUCUGAAUGUGGUGAAGACUGCCAGGGUGAUGCUGGGUGAGACCAACCCAGCUGACUCCAAGCCUGGCACCAUCCGUGGAGACUUCUGUAUUCAGGUUGGCAGGAACAUCAUCCAUGGGAGUGAUUCUGUACCAAGUGCACAGAAGGAGAUCAGCCUGUGGUUCAAACCAGAGGAGAUAGUGGAGUACAAGAACUGUGCCCACGACUGGAUCUAUGAGUGAAUCAUUCCAGGAUUGUACAAUUCCACCUUAUCUGCAUCAUUCCAGACAGUUCUGACAUUCUAUUUUUUACUGAUUAAGUAUCAUGUGGACAUUGAAUGCUGAGGUAACUGACCUGUCCAAUAAACAAAUUUAAAAAAAA